UUUCAAGGCGCUAUUUUUGAAACUGCGUGCGUUAAUGUCAAUAGUUGUUCGGAUUGUUGCACCUCGACGUUAUGGCGUAAAAUUAGUGAUGUUACUCAUUCAUUUUCAUUAAGACAUGUGGAUUAGAUCGUAGCGUCUUAGUCUUGUCAGGGUGUUGUUGAGAAGAUGUGGCGCGAUAGUGUUUAUAGUGGCACGUUGAGACCAGCAUCUCAAACGGUCAUCACUGGGAAAUACUUAAAUGAUCUCGUGGAUACUUUAACAUGUACUGUUCGAUCAAACCCGAUAACGAGUGUUUCCAAUAUCCAUUCGGUUAAUAAAAUCGAUAAGGGUCUUUAUUUGGGUGAUAAAUAUGCAGCGAAAGAUAGGAAAUUCUUGGUGAAUAAUGGUUUUACGCACGUGUUAAAUUGCGCGGAAGGAGCCGACGAAUAUCAAGUGAAUACAAAUGAGAUGUAUUACAAACAUUUUGGAAUUAAGUAUAUGGGAAUACCCGGGCACGAUCGGCCGUCUUGGGACAUAUCUGUGUAUUUUGAAAGGGCUGCUCGUUUUAUAGAAAGCGCAAUCGCUUCGGGGGGGAGGGUUCUCGUGCAUUGUGUUGUAGGCAUCUCUCGUUCUGCCACAAUUGUGAUUGCUUACAUGAUGAUUUGCAAGCAAAUGGAUGCUGCGACCGCUUUGAAUUAUGUUUUUAAUCAAAGAAGGGUUUGGCCUAACGCUGGGUUUUUGCACCACCUCGCGCAGUUAAAUAAUGUCUUAUUUAGGCGGAAAUCGUUAGCUUUAACUAAAGUUUAUUAUUAAGUUUGAUACAAAAUAAAUUUAUUUUUUAAGC